UAUUAUAAAAGCGAACACGAGCUUUGGCUUUCGCUUAGUGUCAGCUUAGUGAGACAGCGCUCUGGCCGCCUGUCGUUCGAAGUUUUUACAAUCAUCGCACCGGGAUCGUCUGAAAUUGCGCAGAUCGUAUUGACGUACAAUUCCCACUCUCUCUGCUUAAAUCUAUAGAAGGAACGGACUCUGUUUGAACUGGAAACAUACGCAGCGAUAAAAACAAAGGCCAAUACACAUUGGGCAUAUACGUCAUUCGCGACUCAUACAUAUUUAUCGCAACAAUAAACAAAGCUCUCGGGAAUCUCCUCGGCGCCCGCUAUCGUCGACCAGACCAGAGGCAGACUCGAAAUGGAUGCCUCUGGCGCCGCCACCAUGGCAGUCAUCUCCAGACUGCUUGUGUUUUUAGCCCUCUCGUCCACUCUUUGCUCAGCCGGCACCCUAAACGCCCGUCCCGCGUUUCCCGUGAAUUCCGACCAAAUUCAGCCUAGUGGCAAGGAUAGCAAGCAGCCAUCCAGACGCGUCAUGCACCCCUCCUUCGCCAACGCUGGCCGUACUCCCGGCCUGGAAAUCUGGCGCAUCGAGAAUUUUGAUCCCGUUGUGUAUCCUAAAAAUAACUAUGGCAAAUUUUACACUGGGGACUCGUUUAUUGUUCUUAAUACAAUUGAGAACAAGAAAGACAAAAAACUGUCCUGGGAUGUGCACUUCUGGUUGGGAUCGGAGACCUCAACGGAUGAGGCCGGAGCUGCAGCUAUUCUUACCGUCCAGUUAGAUGACUUGUUAAAUGGUGGCCCUAUUCAACAUCGCGAGGUGCAGGACCACGAAUCACAGCUUUUUCUGAGCUACUUCAAAAACGGCAUUCGAUAUGAACAGGGCGGCGUCGGAACUGGCUUUAAGCACGUAGAGACAAACGCCCAAGGAGAGAAGCGAUUAUUUCAGGUCAAGGGCAAGCGUAACGUCCGCGUACGUCAGGUUAAUCUUUCCGUGUCGUCGAUGAACAAGGGUGACUGUUUCAUUUUGGAUGCCGGCAGCGAUAUAUAUGUCUACGUAGGCUCUCAGGCCAAGCGCGUUGAGAAGCUUAAGGCUAUCAGCGCUGCGAAUCAGAUCAGGGACCAGGAUCAUAACGGACGAGCCCGUGUUCAGAUCGUCGACGACUUCAGCACUGAUGUUGACAAGCAGCUCUUCUUCGACGUACUGGGAUCGGGUUCUGCUGACCAGGUGCCCGAGGAGUCAACUGCCGACGAAGAUGGUGCGUUCGAGAGGACGGAUGCAGCAGCGGUUUCUCUCUACAAGGUCAGCGACGCCAGUGGCCAGCUGAAGGUGGACACUAUUGGACAAAAACCACUGACUCAGACUAUGCUCGACACUCGCGAGUGCUUUAUCUUGGACACCGGAUCUGGCAUUUUUGUGUGGGUCGGAAAGGGGGCCACUCAGAAGGAGAAGACGGACGCCAUGGCCAAGGCGCAGGAGUUCCUACGCACCAAGAAGUACCCAGCUUGGACCCAAAUCCACCGCAUUGUAGAGGGCGCUGAGUCCGCACCUUUUAAGCAGUACUUUGCCUCCUGGCGCGAUGCCGGAAUGGCCCAUAGUCGCCUUAUUCGGUCGGCUCUUGAUAUUGGCUCUGAUGAAUUGUUAAAUGAGGAUGAAAUCGACUCUGUGGUGACUCAGCUAAAGAAGAGUGGCGGUCGUUCCUUUGGGUUCAUGCCGGAUAACGGUCAGAACGGCAUUGAAACAAUCACACAGUACGUUGCAAAGCCUGGUUCCGAUGAGAUCGUGGUGAACAGCGUUCCCUUUGAGGAGAAACUGCCUCUUAUGGGAUUUGCCUCUUAUGUACUCACUUACAACUACGAUGGUAGGAACGGGGACACUGGAUUCCUAACAUAUGUGUGGCAUGGAGUAAAAGCCUCUGCCGCGGCCAAGGAACGUGCCUUCGAGGAGAGUCUAGUAGGUUCCAAGGAAGGUCUUCUGGUGCAGACCAAUCAGGGCCACGAGCCUCGUCACUUCUACAAGAUUUUUAAGGGAAAGUUAUUGACAUCCUUAACUGCACUUCCAGUGUCAACGCAGCUCUUUCGCAUUCGCGGCACCGUCGAAAGCGAUGUUCAUGCUAGCGAAGUGGCCGCUGACAGCUCAUCUUUGGCCUCAAGUGAUGCCUUCGCCCUUCUAUCCGGAAAGUCCCACAAAAUCUACAUUUGGAAUGGCUUGGGCGCAUCUGCCUUCGAAAAACAAGCAGCCGUGGAUCGCUUUUCUGACUACUGGGAUGACGUUGAGCUCGAGCAGGUGGAAGAGGGCGCCGAACCAGAUGAGUUCUGGGAGGAAUUAAAAGGUGAAGGCCAGUACGACCGCAGCUUGGGUGACCUUGGAGCUCCACUGCUAGAACCGCGCCUUUUCCACUGUCGCAUUAGCUCUGCCGGACUUUUGAAGGUUGAGGAAGUUGUUCAAUACGAGCAAGAGGACUUGGACCCCGAAGACAUCAUGCUAUUGGAUGCUGGAGACGAGAUCUACCUUUGGGUUGGCUCUGGCGCAUCUGAAGAGGAAAAUGCCAAGCUUCUGGACAUGGCUAAGCUUUACAUUCGUAUGGAGCCCACCGCUCGCUCCUUUGACACGGUAAACAUCAUCCGCGUCCCCCAGGGCAAGGAACCAAGGGUUUUCCAACGCAUGUUCCCCCAUUGGGACGAUAAUUACUGGCAGAACCAGUUUAGCUAUGAAGACAUGAAGCAACUUAUUAUUGAUGCCAACAAUAAAGUCUAAAACCAAUGAUUUAAUUCUCAGCAAAAUUAACCAAAAAUAUAAUUGCUUUUGCCUUUUUAAACCCUAUAUUUAAUGUAAUUGAAAAAUAAAUGACAACCUUUUCAAUAUCAUAAAAUGAUGUACACAUGA